CGUUCUCGUAUGUAUGUGAACCGUGAACACUCAAAAAAAUUGUGAACAAUCGCAAAAGGUGAAUCUUUUACACACUUGAAAAUCAACGCACCAGCUCUUCAUCUGUCAUAAGAAUGUGAACAAGAUCACUGGUAGAGCUUCUCCAUGCACCUACAGUACAUCCCUUCCAGUCAGAUCUUCUAGAAUGUUCCUGAAGACGGUUCCUCCGGUGUUGGCUAUUCACUCAAAAUGGAGAUCCAGUAAAAGCUGCAGCCUGCCUCUGUUUUUCAAUGACAGUGCCUCCGACAGUGACCUCGCCUCUGCUAGUGGCACCCCCUUCCCACAAAAGAUCCAGAUGAUCAUAGAGAGCCUCCACAGCACCCAGUCUUCGGACAUGAGCGAGAACGUACAGACCGAAAAGGCUGCUCACUCCAGCCACGAGACUGGCUUCAAGAGUCAAAUGCGACUCAUGGACAUGCCAGCAAGAUCCCGGCGACAAGGAACGGCCACUAAACUACGGACUGACGGGUGUGAUACUGGAGAAGAUUCAGAUAGUGACGACUCUGUGGACAGGGGCAUUGAGGAGGCGAUCCAGGAGUAUUUGAAGGAGAAAGUGGACCAUAAGCGCAGAGGGGAUCCGUUGACAAGUCCGUCCCCAGCACCCAAACUUCCACGGAGGGAACCAAGUGUGCCUGACGCCGCUAAACAGCAUGCACAUUCCAGCAGUGGCAAGGUGCUGACUGCUAGCAAUCAUAUCCAGAACACUUCAACUGGUGUGCUACCCUUAAAGAAGAAAGUAAAAAGUAAAAAGCUAAGCAAAGAAAAUCCCUUUAAGAAAGCAGACACUAGUAAAGUGCCCACGAAAAGUCCUCCUUCAUCCAGAGGUAAAAAAGGAUCUUCCUCUUCUUCUGAAAUGGACAGAUCUCCACCUCGUCUUGUCAUAAAGGAAGAGGAGGAGUGGCUCGAUUCAAGCAGCGAUGAUGGAAUCGAAGAGGAGAUUCAGAGAUUCCAGCAGGAGAAGAAAGAAAAACAGGAAGGUGAAAAAGAUGCCUUGAGAUCCUUACAACAAAAAGACAACUCUGAUUCCAGCAGCGAUGAAGGAAUUGAGGAAGCCAUCCGUCGCUUCCAGGAAGAAAAACACCAGCAGAAGAAAAAGAAAAGUCCUCUUAAUCCUACCCAACUUGUGCCUGCACAACGUAGCAAACCGGCCGUCGUUUCUUCUGAACACACAAGCACUCAACCACUCAAAACACUGUCCAAGAAGAACAAUAAGAAAAAAUUGAAAGCCAAGAAGUCUGAUCACCCUACACCACUGGCCAUAAGCCACUUUUUAAACAAGUGUUCCUCCCAGAGCUCCAAAGUUAAAGGGUUUACUGUGCCCCCAACAAACCCCAAACAAACCCACAUGGAACAUCAGAUCCACUCCAGCUUGAAGGUUAAUACUGCUGAGCUGAUGUGUGCAGAAGCCAUUUUAGACAUCUCAAAGACAGUCAUGCCCGAGGUGUUUGAUUCCAACCUAAACAUCACUAACAGAAAUUUGCUUCAGGCUCCAGCUUUCCCGGCAUUUGCACCAUCUGAUGAUAAGAGUGAUGACAGCUCCGUUGACAGUGAGGAUGGAAUCGAACAGGAGAUAAGGAAAUUUUUGGAGCUGAAAGCAAAGAUGAAUAAAGAGCUACCAACAGCAACCAGCACACCUUCACCAGGUUUAGGAGACCCAAUGGCAGGCAAAGAGCCAAAGAAAAAAACAAAGGAAACCCAGCCGAAUAAAGUCACCAGGCUCUCCCUGUCAAGGAAACGCAAAUUCAAAGAGGAGCAAAGCAAACCUUCGAGAGAUGGCGACAUGGUUUGUAACAUCAAAGAGGAGCCUACAGGGAAACUUCUGAUCCAUAGUGACACCACCAGAUCUCAUAUUUCAUCCCCUGAGCAUUCUACCACUCCCACCGUGACAUCACAUUCAAGCUGUCUAACCUCCUUGAAAAAUAACAAACCAAAACAGAACUCUCCUUCUCGUAAGAUUACGGAUUGUUCCGUACCCAAAGACAAAGGUUUGAGUUACGGUACAUCCAGCCCACGUAAUUCUUCAAGCACUGUGAUUGGCUCAGAGAGAAAUGACAGUAGUGACAAAAGCAGCUCACUGGACAGCGACGAGGAUCUAGAUGCUGCAAUUAAAGACCUGCUUAAGACAAAGAAAAAGGUGAAAAAGAAAGUAAGGGACAUGAAGGUGAUAAAAGGUGUCAGACCUGUAGAGACAUCAUCUGUGGAGACCUUGAAGGAACACAAACCUUCCACAGAACAGAAAAGCAUCACACCUGCUAAUGCUGUAAAAUCAAGCGUUUUAAAUGGUGGCAAAGAAACACUGAAUGUUCAAGCUAAAAACAACAAGGGUCUUAAAAGAAAAACAGUUAAGAACAAAUCAGAAGUCCAGAACAAAUCAGAAGUCCAGAAAAGCCAAACACAUGCAGACAGAGUGACAGGAAAUGGUGUAAUUCUUAAGGCAAGUACCCCAGAUUUUGACUUACCCUCUUCCAGUCCACGUGCAGAUGACAUUGUAGAUGACGACAGUUCUGUAGACAGUGACGACAGCAUUGAGCAAGAAAUCCGAAGGUUUUUGGCUGAGAGAGCCAAAGUGGUCGCACCUACAGCUGCAAGCAUCAAACAAGAAGAGGAUGUUGGAGAAUCCUUGAUCUCAACUGUAGAGUUUGAUUUUAAAUUAGAACAUCAACAGAUUCCAAUUAAAACUCCUGAUUCUGCUUCAGCAGCAGCUUCUGGUAGUCCUCAGCAUAGUGAAGAGUGUUGGGGAAAGGAAUCCAUAGUAGCUCAAAGACAAACAGACUCACCUGUUGAAUCCGAUAAGGGACCAAUUCUCUCACCAGGCAGUUCUUACGUUAUGGCUUUUAGGAAGACUGAAAGUCAAAAAUUUGAGAUCUCAACCUCAAGCGAUCCCAAGAAUAACACCACAUCCCAGAAAGGAAAGGACGUAUUGUCCGAUCAAGGCCCUCCAGCAAGUCAUACCAUCAAACCCAACUUCUUAUCAACGCCCUCUGUCGGCUCAGAAACACCACAACACCAGAACCUGUUCCUGAUGAGGCCCGUUAACAACAGUAUGAAUGAAGUUAAGGAACGUUCCUUAACAGACUGCAAGGAACUUCCCUCCAGCCGACAAAGUAGAUUAGCUCCUAGGAUACCUUUGAAGGAUGUCAUCAGCUCUCUUUGUCCCUCACCACUUUCUACAACAGAACCUCCCAUGAACUCCCCAACAGAGAUCCCUGGGGUCACCACGGGUGACCUCUUGACCUCAACGACCCCUGGGAGCAGGACAGAGGGGUUUUACGUACAUAAUCACAUGAAAAAGGACAAAAGGGACAGACACCUAUCAGAUAAACCACACUCGUCCCCUUCCAUCUCUCACUUGUGCCAGCCAUCACCUGUAGUGCAACCCGACCUGGGCAGUAGUAUAACCCAGGUACAGCAGGACCAGACAGUCCAAAAGACAAACCACCUGCAGGUCAGACAAACUGAGAUGAGUGAGUCCAAAACGAGUUUAGGAGAAAGAUACAGGGAGGGAGAAAGUGAUAGCAAAGAAGAGAAAGAGCAGGAAAGAGAAGAGAAAGAAGAUGAGGAACAGAAAUGUGUUGAUGAGACAGAUGUAGAAUCAGAUGAGGAAAGUAAAGAUCAGAAGAAAGACAGGAGGAUGCAGCUUCCCAAUCAGUCUUUGUCCACAUCUAUAGAUCCAGGGUUUUUACUUAGUCCAUAUAUCGCCCUUGACACAAAGGAAAGGUGUCUAAAAUUCCAAGCACGACGCCUCCGGAUUCUACAGCAGCUACAGGGCAGCAAAACUGUCAAAAGAAAGCUACAGUUUGUAGUCAGUGUGCCAAGGUAAAUUCACCUGUCUCCAUGCUCACAGUUGAACUGAUGCCGCAGGAAACUGUUGAAAGGGGUGUUCUUAUGUUUAAAAAAAAUAUUAUAAAUAAUU